UUUUCCUCUCACCUUUCUGUAGCCGCCGCACCUCUACUCGCGCAUUCCAUGGCUACAAUACCAGUUAACCCGAAACCGUUCUUGAACAAUUUGACUGGAAAGACUGUUAUAGUGAAGCUCAAGUGGGGGAUGGAAUACAAAGGUUUUCUUGCCUCUGUUGAUUCAUACAUGAAUUUGCAGCUUGGGAAUGCUGAAGAGUAUGUCGAUGGACAGUUCACUGGAAAUUUAGGGGAAAUUUUGAUCAGAUGCAAUAAUGUUCUCUAUCUUCGUGGGGUACCCGAAGAUGAAGAUAUAGAAGAUGCUGAUAAGGAUUAGACUGGUUCACGUA